GAAAGAUUGAAAGUGACACAGUGGGAUCAGAACUCGCAGCUUCCACAUUUGCGUUGGUCUCCCACCGAUCUCGAUCUCCACUUGUCUGCCGCCUUCCCGCGUGACUUUUUGUCACUUUUUUUCCCUCUCGAGCGACGAUGACGAGUUUAGACGCGCGCGGACUCGUGCCACACUGAGCGGGACCGAACCUUUUCCAAGUGCAAAACAACACGUUCAAGUUUGGAUUCCGGUCCUCCACACUCAUCCAUCCAUCCAUCUAUCCCGCGACCUCACGCCUCCUCCUCCACCUCUCCACGAAGCCUCCGAACCUACGACCGGCCAAAACUCUGGUGGAUCUCCGCUCCAUUCCGAAGAAAGACGCCGAACCCGAACCACAGCCCUGGAUUCAAUACUCCUGAUCAAUGGACAGAGCCUCCUCAGCGGCCAGCAGCGCUACAGACACCCCGUGAACAACUCAUUCUCUCUAACUGGAGCUCCUCUGGGGGUCUGGAAGAGGAUGGAGCGAGGAGGGGACAGUCCCAUCACCCAGGACAGUCCAGAGCAGAGGGGCGGCAGCCCUGACCUCACUGGCCUCCCACCUCCAGGAAAGAAAGGGCGCCUGGAGCUGAAUGGAAGUCCAACAGGACCCCGCGUGCGCCACAACGGAGCUCCGCUCAGACCCCUCGGAGGUCUGAUGAUCCCAGUCUUCUGUGUGGUGGAGCAGUCGGACGGAGGGAUGCCAACGGAAGGAUGUGAAGGAAGAGAAGAGCAUGCGGAGUUCGUGCUGGUCAGGAAGGACAUUCUCUUCUCUCAGCUGGUGGAGACGGCGCUGCUGGCGCUCGGAUACUCUCACAGCUCUGCUGCUCAAGCUCAUGGCAUUAUCAAGGUGGGCCGGUGGAAUCCUCUUCCCAUCCACUUCCUGACCGACGCUCCGGAAGCUACGGUGGCCGACAUGCUGAUGGAGGUCUACCACAUGGUCACGCUGCGCAUCCAGCUGCAAAGUUUCUCCAAGCUGGAGGAUCUUCCUUGUGAGCAAUGGAACCACGCCACCGUCAGGAACGCUCUCAAAGAGCUCUUGAAGGAAAUGAACCAGAGCACUCUGGCUAAGGAGUGUCCCCUGUCACAGAGCAUGAUUUCCUCCAUCGUGAACAGCUCCUACUACGCCAACGUCUCCACUGCCAAGUGUCAGGAGUUUGGUCGCUGGUACAAGAAGUACAAGAAAAUUAAAGGAGAUUAUCUGGAGAAGAUGUGGUCUGGACGAGACUCUGCUGAGAUCAAAAUUGAGAGAGACAACAUGGCGGACUUCUGCAUGCUGGGACAGAGACCCCCUCCGCACUUGUCGGGCCUUCCUCAGAUGGGUCACCUGGGAUCUGCCAGCCCGAUGAUGAAGUCAGGAGACUCGCAAGCUCCGUCUCAGCCACCGCAGCAACCUCCGCAACCACAGCAGCAGCCGUCCCCCCACGGCCCCCUCCACCACAGCCCGCCCCUCCGAACAGGCCAAGUGCCCCCUCCACCUCCUCCACCGGGAGCCCUCCAGCCGCUGCUGGGCCCCGGCGGGCUGCUCUCACCCCAGCUCUCCCCGCAACUGGUCCGCCAGCAGCUCGCCAUGGCGCAUCUCAUCAACCAGCAGAUAGCUGUGAGCCGCCUGCUGGCCCACCAGCACCCGCAGGCCAUCAACCAGCAGUUCCUCAACCACCCGCCCAUCCCACGCGGCUCCUCUAAAGGAAGCGACCAUCCAGGGGCCAACCCCUCGGCCGCAGAGGUCUCCUCCGAGAUCUACCAGCAGGUCAGAGACGAGCUGAAGAGAGCCAGCGUCUCCCAGGCGGUGUUCGCUCGCGUGGCUUUCAACCGCACACAGGGUCUUCUGUCCGAGAUCCUGAGAAAGGAGGAGGACCCCCGCACAGCCUCCCAGUCACUACUGGUCAACCUAAAAGCCAUGCAGAACUUCCUGAAUCUGCCUGAGAAUGAGCGCGACCGCAUCUACCAGGAGGAGCGGGAGCGCACCAUGAACCCUUCGGUCGGCCUUCCGGCGUCCAACUCAUCCAGCCCCGGUGCACCGCGACUCCCACAGAAAGUGUGGGAGAGAGGAUUGGAUGACCAGAUCACCCCGGACACCUGGGCCUCCAUUUGGAAGAACAAGACGAAAAUGUCUAACUCACCAAAGGCGCCCUGCCCAGCUCCCGACCUCUCGCUCAAGCUGGAGUCGCUGGUCAACAUCACGUCAGGCAUCUAUGAUGAAAUACAGCAAGAGAUGAAGCGAGCCAAGGUGUCCCAAGCUCUGUUCGCCAAGGUGGCCGCCAACAAGAGCCAGGGCUGGCUGUGCGAGCUUCUUCGGUGGAAAGAGAACCCGAGUCCAGAGAACCGGACCCUGUGGGAGAACCUGUGCACCAUCCGGAGGUUUCUGGCGCUGCCUCAGACAGACAGAGACCUGGCGUAUGAGGAGGAGUCCAGACACCAUCACACGGAGAGGCUUCACACCGUUCUCCACCUGCCGCAGGACACGCAGCUCUAUUGUCUCUCUCGGCAGGCGCUUCACCGGCCCCCACCGCCCCAGUUAAAGGAGCACCACCUGUCUCCGAUGCGUGAGGAGCAGCUAUCCGCACCUGUUGGUGAGGAGGGGUCACAGAACUUGGCUGUCGGGGCAGCAGGUCCUCCCGGUAGUGUUGGCAAUGCAGGAAGCAACAAGAAACCCCGGUCACGCACUAAGAUAUCCCUAGAGGCCCUUGGCAUCCUGCAGAGCUUCAUUCAGGAUGUUGGCCUGUAUCCAGACCAGGAAGCCAUACACACUUUGUCAGCACAGCUGGACUUGCCCAAGCACACCAUCAUCAAGUUCUUCCAAAACCAACGCUACCAUGUCAAACACCAUGGCCGACUCAAGGAGCUGAGCGAAGGGGCUGCUGCCAGUGGAGGCGUGGACGUCAGCGACUACAGAGAAGAAGAGCUGCUGUCAGGAUCUGAAGAUCCAGAGUCCAGCGAGGAUGGGGCUGAUGAAAUGUACCAAUCCGAGGGCAGCAGUGGAAGCACGGGAGGACUGAGUCAGCCUCCACCUUCCUCUAACUCCAGCCAGCUAUCAUCUGGGAGCAACGUGGCUCAGGAGGAGGGCAGGGACAAGGGGCACAUUCGGCCCAGUGGACCCAUCACUCCUGGCAGCUCCUCUUCUAGUCCUAGAGAACAGGCUGACUACCAGAGGUAGAAAAUCGAGAGACCGAGAGAGCAAGCAGACUAUCAGUGCGAGUGGAGCUCCGACUGACUGACGGAACUUCGGGCUCCAAAACCUCCACAGCCAGAAACAGAACCAUAUCAUCAUAAUGAAGACAAUCAUCAGUGUGUGUGGAUGAUCAGAGCAAUCCUUAAAUAACUGUACAAUUCAGAUGUUAAAUAUUCAAAAGCCCAGUGCUGUUGCCAGUCUCGCCUUCAGCUGAAAUAUCAAAAUAAUAAGUUCCUUGAAUGAGCCAGUUUCAAGAGAAGGUCAUUGGAAAUGAUGGGAUUCCGCCAGCGAAGGCCAAAGACUGUUCUCUUCCUCUUUCAUUGGUCGGAGCACAGCGACACUGGGGGAGAGAAAGCGUUGGAUUUGUACGACGUCUGCUGUUCUACAAACCCUCAGGACAAACACUGAUGUUGCUAUUGCUGAUGCUGCCUGAGAGUGACCAGCCACUUGUCACUGUGGGGUUCAAAACGGACAAACUCUUGACCUCUGUCGAACACGAUUCUACAAGCACUUAUCGUUCAGGCCAACACUGACGUUCAAAGGACCCCGUGCUCUCCUUUCAAAACCGGAGAGGUUCCCGGCUGAUCAAGAACAGUUCUGUAAGAACAGGGAGGCGGGUCGACAGCUGUCUCCCAUCCUCUGACCCAGAAUGUGAGAAGGAUGGACAGAGCAACCAAGCAAUAAGUCACUUUACGUGCGGCAGUGCAUCCCUUCCACACUUCCUCUCAGCCUCACUCUCCCCCUCCCCCCCCUUAAUCGGUGCCCGCAGUCUUGUGGCCCACCACACCUACCCGCACUUAAACUUCACCAACCGUAUUUAUUGCUAUCUUUAUCCAUGAUUAUUAUUAUCAUUAUUGUUAUUACUGUCGUUAUUAUGGCUAGAAUUUAUGUCAUCACGUGCUAUUUUGGGUUUUUAUUACCAUGCUUUUAAAUAUUGGUUUUUAUUGAGGGCAUUUAUAUGGACGACGUGACACAUUGAGGGCUAAGCCCUAGAAAAUAGGGAGGAAAAAAGAAGGAAAGAAAAUAAAUAGAAGCAGUUACUGAGUGUUAUUGGUUUGAAAAUGUCCCGUCAUGUUGUAAUAUUUUUAUAGUUCACUUUCCCAGAGGUAGUUACCAAGGUUUGGUGAAAUGUGAACAAGUAUAAAGUGACAUUGUGCUUUUUCACUGCAGUUAACGACAAUCUACUUUUUGAGCCAUGACAGAAAACGUGGCAAGUUUGACUCUAUCUUCACUUUUAAUGUCUGUAAAUACCCCGAGAGGGGAUAAAUUGUUAUUGACGUGCAUUUAUUUUAAGAUUUUGCUCAGUGACUUUCAAUGUUUGAGCCAGUUUUGAGUGCCGAAGAAGUGCUGUCUAUGGUGUCUGUUUUUUUAAGUGUAUCGUGUAAAUCCAAACAUGAGGAGAUUUUAAAAAAGAGACAACUGCUUUUCUCUCCAUGUCCAUGUUAAGAAGCGACAUCUGAGAACGGACUGUCUACUAUGUGUGACUUUCCUGAUCGGCUGCUACACUUAAAUAGACGACCUGCCUUUGAAUCAUUUCAUUUCCCGUGAUCACUCUGAUGUUAUUGUGCUUUUCUGUUUAACAGGAAUCAGGGUUAAAUGCAGAUCUGAUGAAAUCGUAGUUCUGUCGUUGUUGAAGUGAAUUAAAAUUUGUGAAUCUGAGCUAUGACUCA